AUGCCUCCCGGCGGCGGCGGGCCCAUGAAAGACUGCGAGUACAGUCAGAUCAGCACCCACAGCUCCUCCCCCAUGGAGUCGCCCCACAAGAAGAAGAAAAUCGCGGCCCGGAGGAAAUGGGAGGUUUUCCCGGGAAGAAACAAGUUCUUCUGCAACGGGAGGAUCAUGAUGGCCCGGCAGACGGGCGUCUUCUACCUGACUCUCAUCCUCAUCCUGGUCACUAGCGGACUCUUCUUCGCCUUCGACUGUCCGUAUCUAGCAGUGAAAAUCACCCCUGCCAUCCCCGUGGUCGGUGGCAUUCUGUUCUUCUUUGUGAUGGGGACCCUGCUACGCACCAGCUUCAGCGACCCUGGUGUCCUUCCGCGAGCCACACCCGAUGAAGCCGCCGACCUGGAAAGGCAAAUAGAUAUCGCAAACGGCACCAGUUCAGGGGGGUACCGCCCACCUCCCAGAACCAAGGAAGUCAUCAUCAAUGGCCAGACUGUGAAACUUAAAUAUUGUUUCACCUGCAAGAUUUUCCGGCCCCCUCGUGCCUCUCAUUGUAGCCUUUGCGAUAACUGCGUAGAACGAUUUGAUCACCACUGUCCCUGGGUAGGCAACUGUGUGGGGAAAAGAAACUACAGAUUUUUUUAUAUGUUUAUUUUAUCUCUGUCUUUUCUGACAGUCUUUAUAUUUGCAUUCGUUAUCACCCACGUCAUUCUUCGUUCACAGCAAGCAGGAUUCCUAAAUGCUCUUAAGGACAGUCCUGCAAGCGUGCUGGAGGCCGUGGUCUGCUUCUUCUCCGUCUGGUCCAUCGUGGGGCUCUCGGGUUUCCACACGUACCUGAUCAGCUCCAACCAGACCACAAAUGAAGACAUUAAAGGAUCUUGGUCAAAUAAAAGAGGUAAAGAAAAUUACAACCCCUACAGCUACGGAAAUAUCUUUACAAAUUGCUGUGUUGCCCUGUGUGGACCCAUUUCUCCAAGCCUAAUUGACAGAAGAGGGUACAUCCAGCCUGACACCCCGCGGCCAGCCGCGCCCUCCAACGGGAUGGCCGCGUACGGGGCCACGCAGUCACAGAGCGAUACGUGCGACCAAGACCAGUGCAUUCAGAGCACCAAAUUCGUUUUGCAGGCCGCGGCCACGCCCCUGCUGCAGAGCGAGCCCAGCCUCGCCAGCGACGAGCUGCACCUGCCCGGGAAGCCGGGCCUGGGCACGCCCUGCGCCAGCCUGACGCUGGGGCAGCCCACGCCGCCCUCCUCCAUGCCCAACCUCGCCGCCGAGGCCGCGCUCACAGACAUACUGCCCCUGAAAGAGGAGCACGUGGGCCACCAGUUCCUGACCCCGGAGGAAGCGCCCUCGCCGCCCGGGAUGCUGGCGGGCAGUCCGCUGGCGCACAGCCGCACCAUGCACGUCCUGGGCCUCGCCAGCCAGGACUCCCUGCACGAGGAUUCGGUGCGCGGCCUGGUGAAGCUCAGCUCCGUGUGACCGCGGGGCCCCGGCCCGGGGGCUGCGGACAGCAGGAGCGACGGACGGGCGGCCCCACCGCGACUUCCCGCGACCCAGCGCCCCAGCCCAGCGCCGGGGUGGCCACGACGACUCCAGGUCCUGAGGCAGGAAGAGCCCUGGGAGAGAAAUCGCAUCCCCCUCUGAUGGCAGAGGCGGGCAGGACCCAAAGGCUGGCAGCUUGGUUCCAUUUGAAUUUUCUGCCCCACCCUGACCAUUUUGAUAACGGUGAAAACAGAGACGUAGCUGUUUUCAGGUGUUUGGAAUAUGGAGGGUGGGCGUGGGGAGGGAGGAGCCUCCGGGGGCCCCCCGUCGGAGUCUGGGCGGAGAGGAGCUGCCUGGGGGUGCCUCUUGCUGUUCUGGGACAGGUGCACGGAAGGUUUAUGACGCUUGUGGCCGGACUGAAAUUGCACUUAAGUGUUAUGCUACUAAUAUUUGAAACAGACAUGCCAUUCCAUUUGUUAAUUUAAAAAAAACCUAAAGGGAAACAAUGACCAGAUGUGGACUUGCAUGGCACGCUGCAGUCUGUUCACGGUGGUGAUGGUAUUGAAAGGGAACUGCUGCUUUCUUCUUCUUCUUCUUCUUCUUUUUUUUUAAUUUUGUGAAUUCUCAAGUGCUGUUUUAUGGGAAGACAGUGCAACAAACCAAGACUAACGGACCAUGCCAUCCCUCGCCAGCUUCUUCAGCUUAAUUCUACAUGGGUAGGUGGCGCCUGGGCUGCGGAGGGCUGCCGGGGUUUUAUCCCAUCAAGCAUCAGUUAACCUUCUGUUUAGUAGUUAGCCGAGGUGUUGUGUUGUACCACACCUGCCACAGUCUUCACCUCCUUGUGUGACCAAACUCCUGUGGACAGCCAAUAAAAGGACGUCCUCUGUUA